AUGACCUCCACUUCCUCGACAAUCAAACCAAAUACUUUUUCAGUAUGUACAUUUAAUAUAUUAGCACCAUGUUAUAAACGUUUAUCAUCUGAAACUGAUCGUGAAAGUGCAUAUGAUAAUCUAUGGCAAACACGUCAUUCAUCAAUUAUAAAACUUCUUCAAUCUCUUGAAAGUAAUAUUAUAUGUUUACAAGAAUUUUGGUUAAAAAGUUCCGUAUUUACUCAAUUAUAUAAAUCUAAUUUAUCAUCCAAAUAUAAUUUUUAUACACUUCAACGUACCGGUUCACUUGAUGAUGGUUUAGCUAUUCUUGUUGAUUCUAAUCAUAUAAAAGUCAUUGAUAAAUGUGAAUUAAUAUUAAAUGAUAUUGGAAAUCGUGUUGGACUUUUAUUACAUAUGGAAUUUAAUGGAAAUAAUUUACUUUUAUUAAAUGUUCAUUUAACAUUUCCACAUCAUAGAUUUGAACUUGGGGUAAGAUUAAAACAAAUAGAAAAAUUUCUUGAAUUAAUAUAUGAUUAUCAAAAAUCAAAAAAUCUUUUAAAUCAAUGUUCAAUUAUUAUAUGCGGAGAUUUUAAUUCAUCACAUUAUAAUGAUCCAGUUUAUCAAUUAAUUGAAAAAAGUCAAUUUCUAUCCUCUUAUCGAUUUAUUCAUGGCAAUGAACCUUAUGUAACUCAUCUAACACAUAGAAAAGAACAAUUAGGAGUAGAUUUUAUUUUUUAUAAAUCAAAUAUAUUUCAACCAAUUUCAAGUGAAUUAAUACCACGUGGUUGUAAUCAUUUAAUAUGGCAUGAUGAUAGUCAAUGGAAAUUAAGUGAUCAUCGAGCAAUUUUGACGACAUUUCAAUCUAAAGAUAAUUAA